UUCUUUUCAUUCUAUGUUUCUUCCUUAGCUUUUUGCAAACCCUAAUUCUAAUGCUCUCGCUUCUCCCUCUCUAGCUAACUCCUCAGUUCUUGCUCUACCUUUUAUGUUUUCACAUGAAAUUUGGUGUCCAUUUUAAAAUUCCUUUAGUUUUAUAAUCGAGUUCAUAUCUUUUUCACCUUUUUUUAUUGGCAAAAAAAAAAAAAAUUCUAACCUAAAUACUAGUUUUUUAAUUUUAUUUUUCAUUAAAUUGGAUCCCCCGCGCAUGGCGGGACUCGGUCUCGGCACUGCGGGCUCCCGCUUCGUUCACCCUCUGCACCUCCACCUCCCGCACGGCGAUACGGCGGACGAGGACGGCGAGGGAUCGCCUGCCUCGGCGGCCGGGGCCGAUGAGAGAGGGAGCCACGGGCGGCGGCCGCGAGGGCGGCCGCCUGGGUCCAAGAACAGGCCGAAGCCGCCGGUGAUCAUCACGCGGGAGAGCGCGAACGCGCUGCGCGCGCACAUACUGGAGGUGGCGGGCGGCUGCGACGUGUUCGAGAGCUUGUCGGUCUACGCGUGGCGGCGGCAGCGCGGGGUGUGCGUGCUCAGCGGCAGCGGGACGGUGGCCAACGUGACCCUCCGCCAUCCGGGCGGCGGCGCGGUGGCCGGGCUGCAGGGGCGGUUUGAGAUUCUGUCGCUCUCCGGGUCGUUCCUGCCGCCGCCCGCGCCGCCGGGGGCCACCAGCCUCGCGGUGUUCCUGGCCGGCGGGCAGGGGCAGGUCGUCGGGGGCAGCGUCGUCGGCGCCUUGAUCGCGGCGGGGCCAGUCAUCGUCAUCGCGGCCUCGUUCACCAACGUGGCCUACGAGAGGCUGCCUCUGGACGAGGAGGACGAAGAGGCCGAGGCAGCGCAACGGCAGCAGCAGCAGCUCAACCCUCCAUCCCUGAGCAGCGCCGGCGCCGGACCUCCUCCGUUCACCGACUCUGCUUCGGCUCUACCCUUUUUCAAUUUGCCGCCCAACAUGCCUCACCUACCUGUGGACCACCACGGCGGCGGCUCCUGGCCCAGCGGAGCCGCCGCUUCCACCACCGCCGGCAGACCGCCGUUCUUUUAGAAGCUGACCAGAAAGAUCGGACAAGGAGAUCAUCUAUAAACCGCCAUGAACAUGUACAAUUAUUCAUCUCUCAUCUAAAAAAAAAAAAAAUAGCUACUUAUAAUUUGAUCUCUCUGUGUGAUAUUUUUCUUAUCGAUCGAUCAUCUCGUGAUCGAACUCUCGUUUGCUGUUCUUGAUCCUCUUAAAUUCUUAUAUUUUCCCUAAUUAAUUUUCUCU